UUGGAUCGGGUCUCUUGUGACUGAUCCGGGGCCACUUGCAUUCAGGAUAUAGUCAGGCACUGGUCAUGUUUCGGAAUGAUCAGUUUGUGAUUUGAAAUUGACUCCAGUUGUGUUUUUGGCAUUCGGAUGAUAUGAAGCGUAAACAUUAACAUAUCUGAAAUAGAUUUGUAAUUUGGAAAUCGAUUUCUUACUUUUGGAGGAGAUUUUGCCAACUUUGGAUAAAAGUGACAGAUGUGAUUAUGUUGCCGAUGUACCGUCAUAUCUGGUCUGCGCCGGAUAAUCUUCCCGCGCAGCAGAUGAGGAACGCACCGCCAGGAUACACCCCACGGCCUCGGAUGCAGGUUGCGGGGAUGAAGGAUAAGAUAGACAGACCUUCUUCAGCAGAUCCACAUAUCAAAAUAGCUGGGACGCCGGCAGCCGUGGCAAAUGCAAAGGAUCGCAUCAUGGAAGUCUUAGACACAAAAAGCAAUCGAGUGACGUUAAAGAUGGAUGUGUCCCAUACAGAACAUUCCCAUGUGAUAGGAAAGGGCGGCAACAACAUCAAGAAAGUCAUGCAAGAUACCGGCUGUCAUAUUCACUUCCCCGACUCAAACCGGAACAAUCAAGCGGAAAAAAGUAAUCAGGUCUCAAUAGCAGGGCAACCUGUUGGUGCUGAAAGUGCCCGAGCUCAGAUAAGAGAGCUCUUACCUCUAGUCUUCAUGUUUGAACUGCCAGUGACCGGCAUCGUCCAGCCAAUCCCCGACACAUCCUCGCCCCACAUCCAACAAAUACAACAGACUCAUAACGUGACCGUCACGUUUAAACAGCGCCCUCGCAUGUAUAUCACGACGGUGUUGGUGCGUGGCACGGUCAGUAACGCUAAAGCUGUGAAAGAGGCGACUGGUCUCGUAGUCGAACAUCUGACAGGAAAUUUAGGGCAAUCACUUCCUGUUAGUAUGACAAUGGAGAUAGCUCCCCAGCAUCACUUAUUCAUCAUGGGGCGCGGUGGCAUGCAUGUGAAACAGAUCAUGCAGAGAACUGGUGCUAGUAUACAUUUCCCUGAUCCAAACAAUGUCACGCCACAACGGAAGGGGACGGUCUACAUCACGGGAGGCAUUGAAAGUGUGUCUUUCGCAAGACAGCAACUCAUCGGUUGCUUGCCGUUAGUCUUGAUGUUCGAUAUGAAGGAAGAUCAGGAUGUAGAUCAGAAAAGAAUUGGUCAUCUUAUGGAGCAGCUCGAUGUCUUCAUAAGCAUCAAACCAAAACCAAAACAGCCAAGCAAAUCUGUGAUUGUAAAAAGUAUUGAACGGAACUCGGCGAACAUGUAUGAGGCUCGCCGCCUCUUGUUAGGGUUAGAACGUGACCCCGCUCUGCCACCACCUACCAAACUCGACAACUCGAUCCCCGGCCUCGGCAUGGGCAACCUCAGCAUGAUCGCCCCCAAUCUACUCUCUGUGAACACCGCCAAUACGUUACUGCUGAUGAAUGGGCACAAUACGCCUCACCCACCUGCUCAGAGUCCGGAACUGAGUCCGACAUCAUCGGCUCCGAGUCCCAGAUGGAUCACAUCUCCUUCACCAGGUUUAUUCAACCCUUUCAUGCUGGUGACCCAGUCCCCUCUUUGUACCGUCCAGACUCCCUAUGACGUCUAUGCACAAUGCAAUGGUAUCAAGGAUUUGAAUCAGAACAGUGCUUUAAUUCGAGUGCCUUCUCCUUCAGAAAAAGGUGCUAGCAGUAAUAAUGGUAGCAGUAGUACAAAUAGUCCCAUUCAGAGUCCGUGUCAGAGUCCCAGCGAGCUAGUGGGCUCUAAAGUCUCCUUGCCUCUCCCAGCUAGCUCACCCCUGACAGUCAACAAUGUUGAUACACAUAGACAUAUUCACAAUGGUAGCUUCCAGGAUAUAAUAAUACAGAAGAGGACAUCGCCUAACAAUAGUGGGUCUAGGGCCGAGUUAAUGGGCAUGAGGCAGCCGCCUGGGUUACCUGCACCACCUGGCUUACAGGGACCACCUCAGGGCAGCUACCAGGACAUGGUCAUACAGAAGAGGCCUUCACCUAACAACAGUGGCUCCCGGAUGGAGUUGACGGGUAUGAGACAGCCACCAGGCUUGCCAGUCGACCCAAGGAAACUAACUCCAAAUGGUGGUUACUUGGACAUAGUCAUCUCCCCCAGCAAUAGCGGAUCAGGGCAAGACUUGCGCGGCAUACGCCAGCCCUCUGGCUCCCCCUGUUUAAACCAGUCGAUCCUUCUUGAAGACAGCGUGAGGAAUGCCCCAUUCCAGUAUGCAGAAUAUGCUGAUAACCUCAUGGCAUUGCAGCUUGAAAGUAACACUAUGGACAAGCUGUCAGAGUCGAGCGUCGAGUCGGAUGGCUCCGACAAAGGACAGCUAAGCUGUGACAGGAAGGCCCCAGGCGCUGAGAGGCCCUCAAAUGUUGGCACUCUCUUCACGAAUAACUCACCCUUCCCUUUCGAUUAUGAGCAGAAGAAGAAGUUGGCCACGAAAGCCAUGCAGAAGAAGCCAGAUGGCGAGUCGCGAAUACCCACCGACAUCUGGUCAGGCUUGGGCUUCUCCAAGUCUAUGCCAGAAUCAGCUAUUCGAGAACAACGGCGCAAGCAGGCGAAUAUGAGAGCGUUCAAUGGCCUGACUGGUCCUAACGGAGUGAUCAGCGAAGGAACAGAGCCUGUAAAUGGUGACAUUGACCGUGAUCCUUGGAAGGACUCAAGAAUGAGGACAAAUAUUGAAGUUCCAAUUUCGGCUGCACCCGGUGACUUCCCGUACACCAGGAAUAGAAUGGAAUCCACAUCCCGCCUUGGCAGUAUGAGUAACCACAUGGAUGCCCCCGGCACAUGGAACUUGAACAAUGAGGACCAGGAUUUGGUUGACUUGUUCAGUAAAAUAGGCCUUGGCAAAUAUGCUGACUUGUUUCAGCAACAAGAGAUUGACAUGGCGACGUUCAUGACAUUGACGGACCAAGACUUGAAAGAACUUGGUAUUUCAACGUUUGGAGCGAGACGGAAGAUGCUCCUUGCUAUCGCUGAUUUAAGCAAGAAGCAGUCGCUAUUCCCACCAUCGCCGAGUCCAAGCCCGAGUAUUCCAACGUUCACAGAACCUCCGAGCAAUCCUUUUGCGGAGAAAGCGCCGAGUACCUUGAUGGUGCGACGUCAUGACAUCAUCAGCCAGAGUGGCCGAUGGUGAUAGAGGAAUAUUGCAUGUGUAAAUCAUCGACAAAAAUCUUGGAAUUUUAUGAUUGUGGACCUUAGCUAUCAAUAAUGCAUUUUGUUUAAAAAAACAGAAGAUUUCACUUUUGCUACAGAAGAGCUAAAAGAAGUCUCAGAUAUUACCUUUGGAAAAUUGCUAGCUGGUUAGCAUGCACGUCAUCUCAGAUAUUACUUUUGGAAAAUUGCUAGCUGGUUAGCAUGCACGUCAUCACAGAUAUUACUUUUGGAAAAUUGCUAGCUGGUUAGCAUGCACGUCAUCUCAGAUAUUACCUUUGGAAAAUUGCUAGCUGGUGAUAAUUAGCAUGCACGUCAUCUCAGAUAUUACUGUUGGAAAAUUGCUAGCUGGUUAGCAUGCACGUCAUCUCAGAUAUUACUUUUGGAAAAUUGCUAGCUGGUUAGCAUGCACGACAGACGAAGAACAGAAGUCACUUUUCUCUCAAUUUCUUGGGAGCGUCGCACUUUCAGUGGAUGCACUGAUGGCAAAGGAUACAUUCUUUUGGGUCACAAAUCUGUGUCAGUUGUGAUAUUUUUGGUUGUACAUGUUGUCGUGGGACAACUAUUGAUGCGGAGCACUUCUUUGAGAUGGCGAGAUGUCAGUUCUUUUAUGAAAAAAACAUGCAUAUUUUGUGCUGAAAUUUAAAGAUCUGUAUAUUUUUGGUGCUCUGUGGUGGAAGUGGCACUUUUUUUGAAUUUGAAGAAGUCUUGUUUAUUGAUUUAGAAGGUAAAUCAUUUGCCGAGUUUAAUCAUAAAAAUAUGAUAAUUUUUGAUUGUCAUUGUAAUCCACAGUUGAGAAGUCACCUGUUGGGUUUAUAUAUCAAUAAAAAUGGUCAAAUCUCUCAAAGAAUCUUUUCAAUUCAUCAAGUUGUCCUGUUUGUAGUUUCAAGUCUGUGAUAUAUCUCGGUUGACAACCUGUGAUUUCAUCCAAUUUCGAUUAAUAGAUUUGCUAACUAAGGUCCACGUUCUUUUGUUAGUGUUUCUUCAGAGAUCGCCACAUUCUGCAUAAUAUUGAGAUGUUAGCAUUUUAACCGGGUUCGAAAGACUUAUGGUCAUAUGAUGAGCAUGAACACGUUUAUUUAUAGUCGGAUGCCGAGUCACUUCUCACGUUUUUGAGCAGGAUAUAAAAUAUUGACAAUGGCAUGAUACGUUCCUGCUCACAGCAUCUUUUGAUAUGUCUUAUAACAGUUUCUUUUCUGAAUGAAAUUAUCAAAUUCAAUUCUUGACGAAUUUAUGAAUUGAAAUUGAAAUUUCGCCCAAAUGACAAAUGUGAGAAAGACAAGUUGGCAACAUGGUUGAAUGUCAGAUUUGUUCUGCAUCAAAAUGGUUAAUGUUGCCAGUUUGUUUGGUGUAAAUAACAUUUUAGAAAAGUGUAAACAUCGGUGAGAAAGUACCUCUGGUGAAGCCAUUAGUAAUUAGCAUCGUAGCACAAAGUGUGUGUUGACUUGUGAUAACGUCCAUGACCAUAAUUGUGUUGUGUGAUAUGGCACUUGUACUUGCACCAAACAGCCUUUUAUUUAGUUACAAAAUGUAAGAUUUAAUCUUUGAGGAUUUGAGAGCAGUAUUGGAAGAUACACUUCAUUCAAAUUUCGCCGCUUUUGUAGUUUGGAAUAUUUCUUAAAAAGUUGCUCUCAGUCCACAAGGCGUUAAAUCUCCGACUUUGUGGACAUUGUGGGUUCGAUCUCUGAAGAAAUGUUGCACUGUGUCAGGUCACCUGACCCAGAUUGGCUGCACAAUCAACUCCAAGCUGUAAGAGGGGGACAUCUCUCAUUGGUCAUUGCCAUGGCAACCGUUGCUAAGUUACCCUAAAUUUAGUUAUUGUUGUUAUUAUUUUUACAGUGGCUGUAAUUGCUGGAUAAUUUACUGUUCUUUUAGAUUAACAUUCAAAUCAACCAAUGUUUUGUAAUCAUGUAAUUAUAUGUAUUACAUGUAAGGGUAAGGAUAUUUUGUAAAAUAUUUUGAGGUAAUGCUGUAAUUCUACUCGAGCUCUAUGCAAAUGAUGACAUAAUAAUAUUGAUAAAAAAUUCUUGAUUUUUGUGGUCUUUUUUGGUUCAAUCAUGACAGAUUUUUUAAAAGUCCGUCAAUCAAGUACUAAUCAUGUAUUUGGUAAAUAAUAACUUGAGUUGAGUUUGGUUGAAAAUUUGUUACUUGGAGAUUUUAUUCCAAUGUUUAUUUUACUUCAUUGUUGGUACGUUACCAUUUUUGUGAGUUUUGCUGCCUCCUUUUGAAUGCGAAUGGUUCCCAUGGGCCAGCCAAUGAGAGUUGACCUUAUAUCCAGCUUGCGGUCAUGGUACAAUCAUGCAAUAUUGAAUGAUAUUAUUGUACAAAACUUUAUGAACACACGAAGAAAAUUGUUAUUCUUGGAGCAUGAACAUGUUAGGUAUACAAAGUGUGUUUUGAGUGACCAUUUUCAGAAUGGUAGACUAUGUACCUAUCUUGUUUCUACUCCAAGACUUUCAAAACCUUCUAAUUGAUUUUAGCCUAUUUUAUUUCACUAAUUAGUAUAAUUGAGUUAUUCUGUACGUUUGUAACUAUCUAAUUAAUCACGUACCUGUGAGAUUUAUUUUAAUACCAAAAUCAAAAUAUUAUUUUGUUGGUGUAUAAAGUAUAUAGCGAUGCUUCAGAUGCAAUAUACAAGCAUUUUGUGUAAUUUCAAGCUAAGUCAUAGAAAUUCAUUUGGCUGUAUGUGCUAGGUCUGUUUAGUUUUAAGGUAAUUAGCUGUUGACCACCUCAACUUGUAAUUGACAAGUUAAAAUAAAAUAAGUUUUUCUUGUUCAUUUGGUAAUAAUAAGCUUUAAAUUUUGAGAGCCUAUCAGGUCUAUUAAAAAAACAUCAAAUUUAUAAUGAUGAUUUCUUGGGGUGUUUCAACAGUCAGGCCACAAUACUUAGUUUUAAUAUUGCAAAAAGGUUUUAUUUAGAAUUUCUGUGGUAUUAGUUUUGGCCUCGCCUUCAUAUUAUAAUUGUGUAUAUAAAACAGAGAAGUUGUUGCCUAGGUUACAAGUGCCUGGUUAGAUUUGUAAUAUGAUUUUGUUAAACAUGAUAUGCUGAAAUCAUGUAAUGCUGAUUCAGAUUUUUUGACAAAAAAUUCCUAUCUGCUGAGAAGUGAAAUUUGGUAUAUGGUUGAUAAAUAGCUUGCCUAAGAUCACAAUUAUUGAUAAGUAGCUUGCCUAAGGUUGCAAUUGUAUGCUUCAGAGCAGGUCAUGUACAUUUGCUGAGUCCGCAGCAGUGAGAGAGAUUAAUCCAGUACCUGUGUUGUGUCCCCUGCUUGCCACUGUGGUGGAACUGGGCCUUUAAAGACCUUUCAUGAAGAUUUUUUUAAAAGAUAUAAAUAGCGUGUUAACAUUGUUAUCUGUUAUGGUCUGGUAUCAUUGUGAUAAUGUUAUACUGUGCAUAAUGGCACUUGUUAGAACAAUUAUUGGAGUAGUUGACCCUGUUGACGUUAGUACUGAAAGAUGGUUAGGCCACAACGUGGCUUCCUUGGGAGAUCAGUGAUUCUCUGCACCUGUUGCCCUCUGUCACCGCUCGUUGAGGUGUUGGAAUAAACUUUUCUCUUUAUGCAACACAGAGAUUAAGUAAUAAUUUACAGUAGGUUCUGAAAUGAAGGUAUGUUUUGAUUGUAAUGAAAAAAACUGCUUUAUUUGGUGAUGUUGAAAUGUUUAAAAUGCUGAUCACCAUUCAUGUUGGUUUAUCAAAUAAUAAUUAAGAUUAUGCAAAGAAUUCUGAAUACUGCUGAUUUCCUGAAUCUGAUUCUAAUUUUACCCCUUUAUUUCAUUAGCAUGCCCCUUAAACUUCUGAAGUAGGACUUUCUAGCUCUUCGCUUUGUCCAGAAAAAACCACAUGAAUUGAUCUUAUUUGUGCUAAAGUGAAUCUAAAUGAAGUUUGUCAUGGGCAACCUGACUGGUCAACUGGGCAAAUCGUGAACAAGCAAAUUCGAUUCAAAAUGAAUCUGAAAAUGUACAUAUAUGGAGCAAGGAACCAAGUUAUUUUUCUUUCCUUGUCGGAUAUCCCUAUCGUCCUCGCACUGGUCUUUGACUAGAAAUUGGCGUGUUGUAGAUUACCUGGCAAUUUGAACUGCUAAAUUUCACUUAAGCCAGUGAUCCCUUGAUCAGUGAAAACAAAUGUGCUAAAAUAAUUGAAGUGCGGACAGUUAUUAGUUAGCCUGAUUAUAAAUGCUUUUCAGUUCUUUCAUGACGAAAUCUUCUUAUGUAAAUAAACAAACCAAGCCGUGUAAUCUUUGAGGUGUAAAGUAUGUCCUGUAUCCUGUGUGACCUGAUGACCUCACUAACCAUGACCUACCUAACCAGCUUUGCUACAGGGAUGUAUGAUAACGAUUAUAACAAGACAAACGUGAUGCGGGCUUUGUCAUCGAAGCAGACAUGACACAUAGUUUUAUACAAAUAUUUUAUAAUCAUGAUUCCUAAUGCACUGGUUGUAUGUAUCAUUGUAUCCUAUCUUCUAUGUAUAUUGUACAUUAUACAGGGUGUAACAAGCGUGUGGUGGUCUGGCUUUGCUUGUCAUUUUAAAACUGAGCGGGCGUACAUCAUAGAUGUAUAUAUGAUAAGAUGGGAAUUUGAGCCUUGUGAGUGCACUGCGCAUGAGCUAUGCAUGAACUGCGCUUCGGAUGCUACGUAUAUGCUUAAAUUAUACCAUUCCCUCAACAGGGAAUUUUCAUCACUCUUUCUGUACCUUGAUGUAGUGACCAGCAAAACAAGACCAUUCUGUUUAUUUUGAAUCACCCUGUAAAAAGAAGUUUUCGUGUUCUUGCCUGAAAAUGAGAUGUUGUUGCCAGCAAUAAUCCUGUGCCUAAACAUCUGUUCUUUUUCUGAAUUUGUUGGGCAUGACUUGGGCAUGAAUCUUGGUCUCAACAACAUGUCAUUAUGUUCAUGGUUUAAAAAGGCAGUCAUGUUGCAUCCUGCUUUGUCAGCCUUCGAAGGAGCAAUGGUCUCCCGGUGAUAAAUGGAUUGUUGGUCAAGAACGCAGUCAUAAUAACCAUGACACAUGUAAUAAAGUACCCCACAAAGCAUGAGAUUAAUAACCCUCUUAAUAACCCUCUGAGGAGGUUUCCCUCUUAUUCUUGCACUCCAGCUUCCUAAACACCUUGGAAACACACUGAGUUGCCUGUUGAAAGAAAAACUACUGUCUCCAACUCAUUUACUCGAUGCCUAUCUGAAAAGUUAAUUUGACCAUUCUGACAUGUUUUGCAAUUGUGUUUAGUUCAAUAUUCCACUACAAGAUGGCUAUACAAUCCCACCUCCUCUCCUUUCUGUGCUUGGAGCAAUGAACCAACUCUCCUGAGACUUCUCUCACCGGUGUAAUAUCAGUGGUUGUUCACCAUAUGUCAGUGUUUCCAUACCAGAGACAGCUGGAGAGACCAUGACUUUUCAAUAGGGAAAACACUGAAUUAAAAGGGUCUAUCUGUCUUUCACUGUUCCCAAGUAAUGAGGGGAGACACUCACAAGUGUCCCACACUGAUUUGUCUGAAGUUCAGUUCAUGUGAUUGGCAUUCAGUUAUGUGAUGUCUUUCCAACACCUACACUCCCCUCUGUCUCGGCCCCUCCUUGUCCUUGUGCCAUACACAACAAUACCAUGUUUGAUCCUCCUUUGCAAUAAAUAUAUGUAAA